AUGUCUAACGAAAGACCAGCAUGUGUUGAAGAUUUAGCAAAUGAACUUUGGUUUGAAACUUUCGGUUAUCUUGACUGGAUCAAUGUAUUUUGCUCAUUUUAUGGUAUUAAUAAACGAAUUAAUCAACUUCUUAUGUCUGUUAAUGUUCUUUCAUUGUACUCAUCUUAUUUAAUCAAUCAUUCCAAUUUAAUUUAUAUAUUCUUUCAGGAAUUUCCCCUCGAAGAAUUUAAACAACUUCAACGUUUUCGAUGGAUCAAUGAUUAUUCGUAUGAUGAUGCAUUGGAUAUUUCGAAACAUUUUUCUUCAUUUUCGACUCUUAUUUCGCUCUCUAUUAAUACCAACUUUAAAGGUUACAAGCCUGAUGAUGAUGAUGAUGAAAUUGCGAUGACUUUUUUCCGUCAACAUUAUCCUUAUCUUCAACGAUUGUCUACAGUAGUACCAGGAAGAACCAUCAAUCAACAACCACGAGCGAUAGACAAUUGCUUUGGGCUUGCUCCAAAAGAACGCCUUAUUGCUACUUAUACAAAACAACCAGGUGGCUGUGGAUGUGGACCAACGUUUACAACACAUUUAACUGAUAGUCGAAUAAUUCAGCGUCAACAAGAAUAUGCAUGUUGUGGCGAAGGAAAUCGUGUCGAUAAAAUGUUGUUUCUUUCAGAUAUCAGCUUCAUAAGUGACACCGUAGUGAAACAAGACUGCUAUAGCAGUAUAUGCUGUCGUUGUUUGUGUUGCUUUUUAUCGUGUUGUAGAGGUACAGGAGGAAAACAAGUCGGCAUACGUGGUGCAUUUGGUGAAGAAAUUUUCACAUUUACUUUUAAUGAUGCAGCUAGAGCUCUUCAGGAAAUUCCUGCAGCAGCCAUGCCUCAUAAAGGAGCAGGUCAUCUACUUAAAACAGCGGCUGAAACGAACACUCUUUUCUAA